AUCAUAUUGUACGAAGUACGCUCGGGAGUACGAGCGCUCCGGGUCCGACUGCAAUGAAUGUCUGGGUAUAUCCCGGGACCUAAGUUAUGUGCUACCUAGUAUAGCACGUUCGUCACGUUCGUCGGUCCUGUUGAUCGUGACGUGCGUUGCCUUCCAUCGCGUUGCUUUGCCUUUUGCCUUGCAUUUGCAUUGCCUUGCCCUUCGUUGCCUCUGCUGGGCAUUGCCUGGUCUGGGCCCCCUUUUACUUGAACUCUCUACGGCGAUGCGGAUUUGCUUGGUCAGGGCGAAUCCUCCAGGCGUGGCUGAGUCGUGGUGUAGUCAGAGGUCCGAAACGCAACAACAGCGGCGCGCACACGGCGUAUCGGUGCCUACAAACCUGGAAGCUAAAGCACGGCAUGCGCAGCCCGAGCCAGAUCAGUUACUUUUCGACGCCAGCUGCGGCGUCUCGUGCUUCUCUUUUUCUUCUGUUCCCCGUAAACCGAUAGAACCACGCGCGCGCUCUGACUCCACGCCUUGCCGAGAAGGUCGACGUCUUCAUUUCCCUGGGCGCCAGCCGUGUCGUCAGUUUUUAGGUCGGCGUUGGCGGCCACCCGCUCUCUUUGUGCAGAAACCCGCGGCUCCGUCCAGCGCGUGUUGGCUUCCUCUCCUCCAAUUUUGCCCUGUCGACAUUGACACUCGACACUGCCUCUCCGGGCUAGUGCGCGUCGCCUAGCCUGCUCGCUGUCCCAAUACUUUCACAACUUCACAACCCCUGGC